GCCUAACACCCCUACACUCGUCCUUAUAAAUCUGCACAACUAUUGUCUAUACUCGGUGUUUUUCCUACAAGUUUGAACCCACAACUCUACUUUCUCUUCUUUACUCUAUCCCCAAAAUAUUCUCACUUCCUUCCAACCCUCCAACGUUAACUCUUCCACCUUACUUUCCCAUCUACACUUUUCCUCUUACAAACAAUUAAAUCCACCUUAUUUUACCUUUUCCCUUCCUAUUACAUCCCUCCACGUGUACCCCUUUUCUAUAUAUUCUAAUCUCAUCUCUCUUCCACACCAACCAAUUCCUCGUCUUCCCCUCCUCUUUUCUCUCUCCUCCUCGCACAAUCACACUGUUUCCAAAAACAAAAAUAUGGGAUGAAUCAUCAAUAAUCCCUUUCUAUUUCGAAUGAUCUCACUCAUUUUUAUUUGAUCCUUGAUUUUAUUAUUUGUCGUGAACGGACACCUGCAAAACAACGAAUAUUCCGUAACUCUUUGAUCAGCCGAGCAAUGGCGGCGAUAACCAUACCGAUAAGGAAACCGAUCCAAUACCUAACAUACUACCUAUCCGAACAUCCGUCAGUCGUCAACUUCCGAUGGAGCCCCUCGCAAUCAUGGGGGUCAACAUGGUCAUUCCUCUUCACCUCAAUCUCUCUCUACCUCAUUCUCUCUCUCUUCCUUCACCUUCUCCUUUGCCUCCUCUUCCCUCGCCGUAAACCCAUCUCUCUCGGCCCGAUACCCGCCUUCCAUUCUCUCUCAAUGGCCUUAAUCUCCUUCACCAUCUUCUCCGGCAUCUUCCUCUCCGCCGCCGCCGAGAUCCGCGACACACGGUGGUUCUGGCGCCGGAGUAAAACCCCCUUUCAAUGGCUCCUUUGCUUUCCCCUCGGAACCCGACCUUCGGGCCGGGUUUUCUUCUGGUCCUACGUCUUCUACCUCUCUCGCUUCCUCGACCUCUUCCGCACCUUUCUCUCUCUCCUCCGCCGUCGCAAACUUCCGACGCACCACCUCCUCAACCACUCCAUUCUAAUAUUCUCCUCGUUCUUGUGGCUCGAGUUUUCGCAAUCGUUUCAGGUCUUAGCGAUCAUUUCUACCACCCUUGUCUCGUCGAUUGUUUAUGGAUAUCGAUUUUGGACUGCGAUUGGAUUGCCUAGUGCUUGCUUUCCCUUUGUUUUGAAUUGCCAGAUUGCUCUUCUUGGGUGUAAUUUGAUCUGUCAUAUCGGUGUUCUACUAAUGCAUCUUUUGAAAGGUGGGUGUAAUGGGAUUGGUGCUUGGGGGUUUAAUUCGGUCUUAAACACCGCGAUUUUAUCCCUUUUCUUGAAUUUUUAUGUCAAGAGAUACCUCAAUAAGAGCAAGAUUACGGAUAAUGGUGGCGACGGCGGCAGCAGCGACGGCGGCAUUGAGUCGGAAAAGCUUAAGGAUCAAUAAUAAUAAUAAUGGUGGGUGCAUUAUAUAUUAUUACCUUGUGUUUUAUGUAUAUAAAAAAGUUUGUAGUAUGAUUGAGGUAGAUAUGUUUCAUAUAUACAAGUAUAAAAUAGUACGAGUUUUUUAUUUUUAGUGUUGUGAAUAUUGUAAGUUUAGAAUUUAGAGGUUGAAUAGAAUAUUUUCUCUUUAAUUUUAUUUGGCCUUCUAAAUUCAUUGAGAGAGAUUAGUGUUGGUUUGCUUUUUUAAUCAUAAUUUUAUUAUGAUUUGAGAAUUUGUGUAAUGAUGUAUAGGAAAUUUAAUAAUUUAUGUACAACUUCGGAUUGGAAGGUUCAUACCUUAUCAAUAAACUUCAAGAAAUGUAAUGUGAUAUUUCCGGAA